AUGCCUGGCAGCAUGUUCCAGCAGCAACAGACAGGCGCCGGCCGUGGUGCACCUUUGCAAUCUGGCCGGCUGCAAGGCGGCAAGCUUGGUAACGGGUCUGGUUGGGGGUUUGGAGGUCCCAUGGGAGGCGCACCUGGUCUUUCGGGUGUCCAGUCGCGCAACGCGGCGGGCAUGUCCAGCUUUGCCCAGACGAUAGGAGGCGGGUCUCAGUCGCACACUCCUCUGGAUCCUUCGGAGUUUCCCUCCCUCUCCGGAGCUCCUCAGACGCAACAGCAGAACAGCCAAGCCCAGGCGAUAUGGUCUAACCCGAACAUCAGGACGGCCCAACACACACCAGUGCAACGCGUGCAAGGCCAAGGCGCCACUCCUCAGCCCCCUUCCGCGCAAGCAAAUCGGCCGCAGCAAGAGCACCAACAGCGGAGCCAGGACGAGCCUUCUUCGGCACAUUCUCAAUACGGCGGCGCAAUGGAUGACUAUCGCUUUGGCGGUCAGUCUGGCGUCGGACAAUUAUCGGGAGCUCCUCAGCAACAGCAACAGGUGAACAUUGAAGAGUUCCCGCCUCUAGGAGGCGGCGGUGGAGGAGAUAUGGGCCAAGAUAGGCGGACGGGCAUGAUUCAGAACGCAGCAUAUGGAGGAGGUGGGGGUAGUCCAUUUGGCAACAGUGUGCACCAAGGCCGCAACGGCAUGGGCAGCCCUGUGGAGAGCCAGCAAGACUCCGUGAGCGAGAGGAUAGGCGGCACCGUGCUGCGGGAUGAUAGGACCGCUGCGGAGCGAAGAGCUAGGGAGGCCAGCACCACCUCGUUUGGUAGCCAGCCUGUUCAGCCGCCUUCGAAACCAGGCUCCAUCUCCCAUCCCGAGCAGACGCGCCUGUCCCAGAUGAGCGAAAUCGACCGUUUCGGACUUCCCGGCUUGCUCGCCAUGAUUCCACCCGACAGUCAAGACCACUCCAGCCUUGCUGUAGGCCAAGACUUGACUGUCUUGGGUUUGGAUCUCAACCGGCCUGACAACUCUCCUCUGUAUCCUACCUUCGGUUCGCCUUUCGCGGAAGCUGGCUCGCGUCCGGUUAUCCCUGACUUUAGCUUACCUGCUGCCUACACCGUCACGAACGUACCUCCGUUGCACACGAAAAUGCCAAGCUUUUCCGAUGAGACUCUCUUCGCGAUCUUCUACCAGUACCCUAGGGACAUCCUGCAAGAGGCUGCUGCACAGGAGCUGUUCAAUCGCGAUUGGAGGUGGCACAAGGAUCUCCGGCAAUGGAUGAUGAAGGACACUAGCUUCCCGCAGCCGCAGCGCAUUAGUGAGAAGUCGGAGCGGGGCUGCUACAUCUUCUUCGAUGUCAACAACUGGAGGAGGGAGAGGCGGGAGCUCCUGCUGCACUACGAUCAACUCGAUCAAAGGCUUGGCACCACACAGCCCGCAGCAGCUCUUUAA